AUGGCGGAUUCCGGUGUCAAGGAGGCCGAAGCUGCCCUCUCCAAUCUCAUCCUAGACGAAGUCACUGGCGAGAAGGUGUCCAAGUCCGAGUACAAGAGACGCCAGAAGAACAGAGAAAAGGACGCAAAGAAGAAGGAGAAGGAGGCUGCUGCCCCGCCCAAGACUGAGAAGCAAAAGUCGACUGAAGACGAAGAGUCGGAUUUGGCGCCGAAUCAAUACUUUGAACUUCGCUCCAACAAGAUCAACAAGCUGCGCCAAACCAAGAACCCCGAUCCUUAUCCUCACAAGUUCCAAGUCACCGCCGAUGCGCGGCAGUUUUUGAAGGACUACGAGCCUCUGGCCAAGGGCGAGCAGAGGACCGACGUGACUCUGCAGGUCGCUGGUCGUAUCUUCAACAAGCGUGCCGCCGGUAACAAGCUGGUCUUUUACGAUAUUCGCGCCGAGAAUGUCAAGGUUCAGGUCCUGUGCCAGGCCCAAUUUGCCAAGGGUGACGUCCCCUUUGAGCAGCAGCACGAACAGCUACGUCGCGGAGACAUUAUUGGUAUCAAGGGUUUCCCCGGCCGUAGUAACCCAAAGAACCGUGACGAGGGUGAACUGUCCAUCUUUGCUACCGAAGUUAUCCUUCUCUCGCCAUGUCUGCAUGCUCUGCCCUAUUCGGGUGGUCUCUCGGACCCGGAGCUGCGUUUCCGUCAACGGUAUCUCGACUUGAUCGUGCACGACUCUUCGCGCAGUGUCUUUACUACCCGCCACAAGAUCCUCAAGUACAUCCGCAAGUACUUUGAUGACCGUGACUUCACCGAGGUCGAGACCCCGAUGAUGAACGCCAUCGCCGGCGGUGCUACUGCCAAGCCGUUCAUUACCCACCACAACGACCUCGACAUGAACCUUUUCAUGCGUGUCGCUCCCGAGCUGUACCUCAAGAUGCUGGUUGUCGGCGGUCUGGAGCGUGUGUAUGAGAUUGGUCGUCAGUUCCGUAACGAAGCAACCGAUCUUACUCACAACCCGGAAUUCACCACUUGCGAGUUCUACUGGGCAUAUGCUGAUGUCUACGAUGUCAUGGAUCUGACCGAGGAGCUCGUGUCUGGCCUUGUCAAGCACGUCACCGGUGGCUACGAAACCACAUUCACCACGCCGCAGGGCGAAACCUACAACGUCAACUGGAAGGCCCCCUGGAGGCGAGUUGAGAUGAUUCCGGGACUCGAGGAGGCCACCGGCGAAAAGUUCCCUCCUGGCGACCAACUACACACUGACGAGACCAACGCUUUCCUCAAGAAGGUCCUCGCAAAGACCGGCGUAGAAUGCACCCCUCCCAUGACCAACGCGCGCAUGCUCGACAAGCUGGUCGGCGAAUUCAUCGAAGAGACCUGCGUCAACCCCACUUUCAUCACAGGACACCCGCAAAUGAUGUCCCCCUUGGCCAAGUACCAUCGCACCACCGCCGGUCUCUGCGAGCGGUUUGAAGCCUUUGUCUGCAAGAAGGAGAUUGUCAACGCCUACACCGAGUUGAACGACCCCUUUGACCAGCGUCUUCGUUUCGAGGAGCAGGCCAGACAAAAGUCGCAAGGUGACGAUGAGGCACAGCUGAUUGACGAGAACUUUUGCACCAGUUUGGAAUACGGUCUUCCCCCAACCGGUGGCUGGGGAAUGGGUAUUGACCGUCUCGUCAUGUUCCUGACCAACAACUACAGUAUUAAGGAGGUACUCACAUUCCCGUUCAUGCGAGACGACGGAGAGAAGAAGGCUACUGCCGCAGAGGUUGUCGGUAUUACUCCCCAGCCUGAAGAGGGCAUCCCACACAAGUAG